CCCAGAUUCACCAGGAAUCACGAAAAACCCGCAAGUAAAACUACACGUAAUAUCAAAACAGAUGACCUGUCAAACGCACUUUUUCAAAGCAAUAAAACGGUGCUUGGUACACUUUUGAAGUCGGGAAACGGGCGGAACUGUCAUUUCGGGGUUGUUUUGAAAUCGCUUGUUUUGAAUCCGGGUCGCCGCGCCGGCCCAAAAUGUUGCGAUUUUUGCGACCACAAAAUCCCGCGCGGUUCGUGAAAAGAUGGAUUAUCCGAGAGUACAGCUCGAACAGAGGAAUCGCACCGGCUUACAAGCCAGCCGCAGUGGAAUCGAGGCACACGGUCGAUGCGGAUCUGUUUAAUCGGCAGCGGAGUGAAGACACGAAACUUUACAGUAUUCUGCUGCCUCCACCGAACGUAACGGGAGAGCUGCACCUAGGCCACGCACUGACCUGUACCAUACAGGAUGCACUGAUAAGACACAACCGGAAUCGUGGCAGUAGAACGCUCUGGAUUCCUGGCAUGGAUCACGCCGGCAUCGCGACGCAGGUGGUGGUCGAAAAGCGGAUACGUAAGGAACGGAACAUGACCCGACAUGAGCUCGGUAGGGAGCGAUUCUUGGAGGAGGUUUGGCGAUGGAAACAUGAAAAAGAAGCACGGAUACGGACGGCUCUAAAGCAACUGGGAAGUACGAUGGAUUGGAACAGAGAGUAUUUUACCAUGGACGAACAACAAUCGGUUGCGGUGAAGGAAGCAUUCGUGCGGCUCUUCGAAAGUGGCCUCAUCUAUCGCGACCAAUCUCUAGUCAACUGGUCAUGUAGUCUCGAGUCGGCCAUUUCGGACGUAGAAGUAGAAAACGUGCAGCUCGUUGGGCCCACCUCACUGGCACUGCCAGGAUAUGACCGUAACGUUACGUUCGGUCGGAUGGUGGACAUAGCGUAUCGAGUUCAGGGAUCAACGGAGGAAAUCGUUGUGUCCACCACACGUCCAGAAACAUUUCUCGGUGAUGUAGCCGUAGCUGUCCAUCCAGCAGACGGCAGGUAUUCGCAUUUACGAGGCCGAUCCACCUUUCUUUGGCAUCCAGUACGCAAAGAAGAAAUUCCGCUUAUUUUCGAUGAUUCCGUCGAUCGGACGUUCGGCACGGGCGCGGUUAAGAUAACACCCGCACACGAUCGGUUCGAUUUUGAGAUUGCGCGCAAACACCAGCUGGCCACGAUCGAGGUGAUCGAUGAGCGAGGAAUCGUACGAGAACAUUUUGGACCGUUUUCCGGGCUGUCUCGAUACGAAGCACGUGAACGCUUGCUGGACUAUCUAUCCAAGCUUUCGUUACUGCGUGGGGUGCGCGAUCAUGCGAUGGUGUUGCCCAUCUGUUCCAGAUCGAAAGACGUAGUGGAACUGCUGCUGCGACCACAGUGGUUUGUACGGUGUCAGCAAAUGGCUCGCCGCGCCGUUGCGGCCGUUCGUGAUGGGGAGCUACACAUUGAACCGAAAACCUUCGAGCGCGAAUGGUUUCGAUGGCUUGAAAACUGCCACGACUGGUGCAUAUCUCGGCAACUUUGGUGGGGCCAUAGAAUUCCAGCCUUCCGUGUGCAACACGGGCGCUGCACGCAUUGGAUUGCCGCCAGAUCACUGGACGAAGCACGUGCGAAGUAUGUGAAUGAACGGGCAAAUCUGGCUGAAAUGUCUGGAAACGAAACGGUCACCAUAGAACAGGAUACCGACGUGCUGGACACUUGGUUUUCCUCCGCCUUGCUACCCUUCUCAACGACUGGCUGGCCGAACUCGGUAACACCCAAUCAACAAGAAUACCCACUGGAUGUAAUGGAAACUGGACACGACAUCCUGUUUUUCUGGGUAGCUCGUAUGGUUAUGCUUGGACAAGAACUAACGGGGACGUUGCCCUUUCGAAAGAUUCUUCUUCAUGGUAUCAUUUGCGACGAGCAGGGACGAAAAAUGUCCAAAAGUCUGGGCAACGUGAUAAAACCGGAACACGUCGUGAAUGGCAUAACCCUGGAGCGGUUACAGGAAGAAACGAAGGCUAGCUUUCGGCAAGGUGUACUCUCAGAAACGGAGCUCGAAAAGUCACUAGCCGGACAGCGGAAGAUGUUUCCCAGCGGGAUUCCGGAGUGUGGUACUGACGCCUUGCGCUUCACAUUAUGUUCGGCCAAUGUGAAAAAUCAUUUCAUACAUUUUAACGUGCAGGAUGCGCACACUAAUAAGCUAUUUUUCAACAAAAUCUGGCAAGCAACACGUUAUACGCUCGGUUGUUUGGAACGUUUUCCGCCCAGCGUGGCCUCCUGGCGGCCUGAAGAUCUUGCCAAAGCACCUCCGAUGGAUCGGUGGAUUUUGAGUCGUCUGGCCAGCACGGUCCAAACGUGUCACGAAGGAUUCGAAGGAUGCAACUUUCAUUUAGCAACCGCAGCACUGAAAACAUUUUUUUACUCUAACCUUUGUGACGUUUACUUGGAAACGACAAAAAUCAACAUGAAACCAGAGCUUGCUACCGUUGCAUCGAUACAUUUGACAGUGCUACUCCACUGCCUUGAGGUUGGUUUGCGCCAACUAGAACCAUUCGCUCCAUUUCUCGCUGUGGAGCUUCUUUCACAUCUACCCCGGAUGGCAACGGACGACGCUUCUUCCGAUGCAUGUAAGAUCCUCCGUUGCAUUGACCAAGAGCUGGAAUCGAAGAUAGACCGCCUGUUGCUUGUUUGCCAACACAUCAGACAAUCGAAAAGCGAGCACACCGUGCCUAUCGUCCGCAAGCAUAACCCUGUCGUUCAUAUCUAUGCCAAAAAUGCGGAUCUAUUCGCUCUGCUGUCCGCGCAACGUGCAGUGGUACAACACUUGACUCAAUGCAACGAUGUUAAGCUACACAGCAGCGAAACGGUAUUCAGUGCAAACACGAGUUACGUUGUUAAAUCCGCAGCUAGCCACGAAUGUACGAUUGGUGUUGAAGCUGAUGCGCUGCAGCCGCCUUUAUCCGGAAUACCGGCCAAGGAAGGGCAGAUUAAGAAAAUGCAAAAGCUCGAGGCGGAAAUAGAAAAACUGUACAAAACGAUUAACAACGAGGGCUAUCGAAAAUCGGCCAGCGAAGCUGUGCAGAAACGGCACCAGGACCGGCUGGAACAACUGAGACAGCAGCGCGAUGAGAUGGUGAAAAUAGGUUCCUAGUACCAAAGUGGCGCGCACAGCAUAAUCCUAGUCAGGUGGUUUCUUCACAGUUCUUAUUUAAGGAUGAAAGAUUACAGAAGAUGUUGGAAUACAUGUUUCAUCGCUUGCAAGUGAG